UCCUUCAAGCCGCUCUAUGCCGCCCUUCUCGCUGCUCUGUCGGGAGGCGGGCGCGCCCGCACGGGUCCCUCCAAGAUGGCGGCGCAGAGGAGGAGCCUGCUGCAGAGUGAGCAGCAGCCAAGCUGGACGGACGACCUGCCACUCUGCCACCUCUCCGGGGUUGGCUCAGCCUCCAACCGCAGCUACUCUGCUGAUGGCAAGGGCACUGAGACCCACCCGCCAGAGGACAACUGGCUCAAGUUCAGGAGUGAGAACAACUGCUUCCUGUAUGGGGUCUUCAAUGGCUACGAUGGCAACCGGGUGACCAACUUUGUGGCCCAGCGGCUGUCUGCAGAGCUCCUGCUGGGCCAGCUCAACGCCGAGCACACUGAGGCCGAUGUGCGGCGCGUGCUGCUGCAGGCCUUUGAUGUGGUGGAGAGGAGCUUCCUGGAGUCCAUCGAUGAUGCCCUGGCUGAGAAGGCGAGCCUCCAGUCCCAGCUGCCAGAGGGUGUCCCUCAGCACCAGUUGCCUCCUCAGUACCAGAAGAUCCUUGAGAGACUCAAGGUGUUGGAGAGGGAGAUUUCAGGAGGGGCCAUGGCCGUCGUGGCGGUCCUUCUCAACAAUAAACUCUACGUCGCCAAUGUCGGUACAAACCGUGCACUCUUAUGCAAAUCUACGGUGGACGGGUUGCAGGUGACACAGCUGAACGUGGACCACACCACAGAGAACGAGGACGAGCUCUUCCGCCUUUCACAGCUGGGUUUGGACGCAGGAAAGAUCAAGCAAGUGGGGAUCAUCUGUGGGCAGGAGAGCACCAGGCGCAUCGGGGACUACAAGGUCAAAUACGGCUACACGGACAUCGACCUGCUCAGUGCUGCCAAGUCCAAACCAAUCAUUGCAGAGCCAGAAAUCCACGGUGCACAGCCACUGGAUGGAGUGACUGGCUUCCUGGUGCUGAUGUCCGAGGGACUGUACAAGGCUCUGGAGGCAGCCCACGGGCCUGGGCAGGCCAACCAGGAGAUCGCUGCAAUGAUUGACACCGAGUUUGCCAAGCAGACCUCCCUGGACGCAGUGGCCCAGGCUGUGGUUGACCGGGUGAAGCGCAUCCACGGAGACACCUUCGCCAGUGGUGGGGAGCGUGCCAAGUUCUGUCCACGGCAUGAGGACAUGACCCUGUUGGUGAGGAACUUUGGCUACCCACUGGGUGAAAUGAGCCAGCCCACACCGACCCCUUCCCCAGCCGCAGGGGGACGCGUGUACCCCGUGUCCGUGCCUUACUCGAGCGCCCAGAGCACCAGCAAGACCAGCGUGACCCUCUCCCUCGUCAUGCCCUCCCAGGGCCAGAUGGUCAACGGGGCCCCCAGUGCCCCCACCCUGGACGAAGCCACCCCGACCCUCACCAACCAGAGCCCGACGCUGACCCUGCAGUCCACCAACACGCACACUCAGAGCAGCAGCUCCAGCUCCGACGGGGGCCUCUUCCGCUCCCGGCCCGCCCACUCCCUCCCGCCUGGUGAGGACGGCCGCGUCGAGCCCUAUGUGGACUUUGCAGAGUUUUACCGCCUCUGGAGUGUGGACCAUGGCGAGCAGAGCGUGAUGACGGCGCCAUAGCGCAGCCAGGAAGUGCAGCCCGAGCUGGGCCUGGCGUGGGGAGGAGGGGUCUGGUGCUGAGGCGGGACGGGGAUUAGCCUUAACCAACAUUUGCCUGGGCCGUGGUGGCCAGCGGGUGUCCUGUCCUCAGCCCGCAUCAGACUUUAUCCCACAGCUCUCGGGGCUGUCGAGGGUGUGGGUGCAGACUGGACCUGUGUUCCGCACCUUGCGCAGGAGGCUGGAGGCCACUCCCUCCCUCGCAGCCUCAGCCAGGACCGUCACUGUUGCUCAGAACACAGGGCCCGAGUGUGGAGCUGUGGCUAGCCUGCAAGCCCCGCUGAGGGCGCCUUCAGCAGGUCUCGGCGGAAUGGGAAGAAAAAUCCUGUGCACCUGAACUGUCACAGGCCCAACAGAGACUGCUCUCGAGCCACCCCUCCUCCUGCCACUGCCUCCCUGGAAUAACCUGUGGCUGCUACAAGUGUUCCCACCUCUGGGUGGUAGUUUCUCCCCUUCUCCAGCCUCUCAGCCCUGUGCUUCUAGAUCCAGAGUAGAACCCUGGGCCCCAUUCCUGGACCUGCCCCAGCUGUCAUCGGUGAGGGUUCAGGGAGACCAGGGGAGCAUUGGGGGUCUGGGACGGCCACAGGGUGUGGGGCAGGUGGCAGGGAACCAAGGGAGCUGGCCUAGAAAAAGCGCUGGUUCUGGAGCUGCCAAAGGAGAGCAGGCCAGGCACUUGGGCUUCUCGGAGGUGGGGCGUGCACUGUUUGGGCUGCCAUGGUGGCUGCUGAGCCAGGGUGAACUGGUAACGGCCUUGUGCUUCUGUGCUGGUGCUAGGGAGGACCAGGGCUGGGGUGGGGUGUGGCCGAGGCGGACAGUCUUUGUAUGUCCCCAUGGGUGAUGCCUCUGCUGGCUGCCGCGUAGCAAGCUGGGUUCCCGAGUCAGGCAGUGGGCACUCCCUGAAAAGACCAGAGUGGAAAGUGGCUCCAAGAGGUCAGCAGAAGUUCUUUGAGACCCAGCACUCUGGGAGGCCCAGGGCUUCCUGGAUAUGCCCCGUUUCUGCAGACAGGGGAAAGGUUAGAUGGGUCCAAGGGGGCCCAAAGCCUGAGUUGCACUAUUUCACACGUUCUCUGCCUUGGGGGCAGGGCAGGGUGCCCCCAGGGCUGUCUGCUGGGAUUGCCGGUUCUCUUUUCAGAGGAAGCAGGCCCAGAGACGCGCACCUUGCACAGGCCACACAGUGAUGGAGCCGGAGCUCAGACCUGUGGCCAUUUUGUCAGUAUCCAGGGCCCUGCUGGAUUCUGCCCUCCCACCCCCAGCCUCCCUGUCCCACCCAGGGACUCCAGUGUGUAUGGCCUCUGAAAAGUCAAAGGCCCGUGCCAAAGCCCCCUGCUACUCUGUGGUGCAGGGGUCGUUUCCCUGCAGCCCAGUGCAGGGCCAGGGAGAGGCGGGGGACCCACUGCAUGGACCGAGGGAAAACGGGCCUCAGCAGAGGGCCCUAACUCCCCCUCCCUCCACUUUGAGGCCAUCUCUGUGCUGUAGGUAAGCGAAUUUAAAGUGGGUCACAAAAGGCUUGGGAACAAAGGGAAUUCUCUUCUGAGAAUAGGUCUAUGAUGCUGUUUCGUCCCUAGAAAUAGAAUCACUUUCUUAAUGCAAUAAAGAAGUAAUAAAUGGUGGCAUUACACAUUGUGGUGUUA